AUAUGCUAUACCGAUUGUCGAAUCUGUAACCAAGGAGGAUGGGCUCCAAGCACUUAUAGUUGUGCGUGAUCGAACCUCAGCAUUGAAGGUAUUCUUUUUUCUAGUUAUGUUAACUUUUCUAAGUAACAUACCUACCGGUAACAAUAGUUGUGAUUAUCCCUUUGUAUUUUUAUGCAUAGGUGAGGUCGAUUUUUCUUCAAUUGACUUGUUAUAUGGAGAUAUCUGUUGGCAUAGCAGCCCCCUUUUUGCCUUCUUCUGAAGAGGGUGAUUGCUUAGUAGACGACCGAGAGUCGACGAGCGAUACGAUUACAGAAAAAUGUCAAGUUCUCAUUUGCACACCGGAAGCAUUAAUGAAAAGUGAAGUGGGCCUUGGAGAAUUGAAAUAUCUCGUCAUAGAUGAUAUGGAGCAUCUGUUGAGAGAGAAUCAAUUAGAAGAGAAUGAAUUCACAUCAAGGCUUCCGACAAAGUUGGAAGUUGCCAAAAUUUGCAUGACUGAGCAAAAUGUUACUGAUCUUACGAAUCUCAAUGGGCUGGGGCUAAAGAAUCCGAAAGUUCUAUUGACAAGACCUUUUGCAGGUGGAAUGUGUCCAUAAUGGCGAAAAUUCGUUCUAUCGCAUUGGUGAGGCUAUAUCAGGCGAUGGAGUUAGCUAUCGAUAGCAUCAUGGACAAAUUUUGUGUAAAAAGAGGAUAACACAUAGGUUUUCUGUUAUGGGGAGACACCGACUCUGUUAUUUAUUAGAUAUGCGACAAUUUUAUGUUUUCUGUUAUGGGGAGACACCAACUUUGUUAUUUAUCAUAUAUGUGACAAUUUUAUGUUUGUUAAUGCAGUCUUGAAGCAAGGCCCACAAUAUGGAGGGCCCCCAAUUUUUGGAA